UAUUUCGUGUAACCAACAAAAAAUUCAAUUUCAUAGAAAUUUCGAUUAACCUAACCUAUAAAAGCUAGUCAGAGAGUUCCUGGCUCAAAAUAUAUCGCUAAUCAUAAUCAAUGUGUGAAAAGUGAAACUUUAAUAGAGAUUUAAAUUCAAAAUUCGAAAAAAUUAUUAUAAAUUUAUGAAAGUGAGAAUCAUGCUGCAAUGGAAAUUUUGCGUAUUUUUCUUGCUUUUAGCAGUGUUUGGCUUUGGUCGCUCAAAAGCAGUGGAAAUAGAUUGUCAACGGCCACCACGCUUAGUGGAUCCGGCACAAUGCUGUAAAGACGGCGGACGUGAUCAAAUCGUUGAGGCCUGUGCUCAGCGGAUGGGUCUUGCUAGUCAAAGAGGCAAUGGACCACCGACAGUGGAAGCUGCUACGUGCUUUGCCGAAUGUAUACUGAAACAAUUGCAGUACAUGCAAGAGCCCGAGAAGAUCAACUAUGAAGCCAUGCGUAAGCAUCUCCAAAUGAAAUUCAGCAAUGACACCAUCUAUGUGAACACCAUGCUGCAGGCAUAUCAGAAAUGCGAACCAUCUGUGCAGCAGAAAAUGCAAAUACUCAAACAAACGCCACUUGGCGGCGGUGCGGCUGCGCUGCGACGCGGUUGUAGUCCCUUCUCCGGCAUGCUGCUCGGCUGUACGUAUAUGGAGUAUUUCAAGAACUGUCCAGCGCAUCGUUGGAACGAGAACGAGCAGUGUGCUUUGGCGAAACAAUUCGUGACAAAGUGCUCUUUCAAUGCUUAGGGAAUUUUUUAACUCCAAAAAAUGUGUUUAAAUUUAAAUUAAAUAAAACAAUA